AUGGCGACCGAGAAAUCAGAAAGACAGCAAGUGGAAAGCAUCAUUAAAGAACGUGGCACCGUGGCUCUGUAUAUUGCAGCAUUUCGGGGUCUGGUCGAUCUAAGUAGCUGUUUACUUAUGACAGGUGUCAGUCCUAAUGGCCGAACUCCUUUCGGUCGAUCAGCUCUGUAUGCAGCAACUUGUCGAGAUAACGACGCCAUUUUGGAUCUUCUGCAUCAAUCUGGCGCCGUGAUGGAGGUCAAGGACGCCCGAGGUGAAACGCCAUUAUUGUUGGCUCGGCGUAUUGCGGCUAAAUUGUGCUUCAGGAAAUUAAGAUUAUGGAGUUUGGAUAAAAAUGGUCUCCGACUGUCGAAACCAUUGAACGGAAUGGUCAAAAAUAUUAACGUCAAUCUUCCAGUCAACCGGAAGUUACGUGUGAAAUUUCAACAAGACGAACCAUUGACCUACAUGCCACGGCCACCCACUUCGUUAGAAGGGAGUAGGAAAGAUAUGAUUAAAAGUGAGAGGUCGCGAGAAGCGAAAGUUGGUUCCGAUAAGACUCGUGCUACUGAAAAGGGAACUGAAAAACGGCAACAAGAAAAAAGUCCCCCGGUUGAUGCAUCUUCUCAAAAGUUGCCUACGUCGAACACUCGACCAAUGACUUCUCAUAUCCCGGAAAGACCAUCAUCUCAGUGUUUCGUUUGGGAUAUUGACGAUCGAACAAACCGGAACGUUGGCGCAGAAAUACGUAUUCCAAGUGUGCAGCCCGAACCAAGAUCCAAAAGUGCUAAACACGCCGUGCGAUGGCGGGACGAAUCGUUAGUAGAAAUUCACAUGAAUCCUAAAUCAGAUUCGAUUAAACCCAGUUAUCCGACCACGAUCCUGAAAAACAAAGCUCAGAUGGAAAAUUUUGAAAAAAGAGGCAACCUCAUUCGAACACUAAGUAAAGAAUCGCUGGAUUCGAACUCUUCAACACUGAAAUCCGAUAACCAGAGUCAACCGGACAGUGAACUGACGUUAGUGUCUGCUCCCGGAGAGGGAAGUCGUAUGAACAUGUCGGACUGUCGUAGUGUUGAAAGCGCUCCGGCUACGUCUGGCAUCAACAACAGAAAUAAACUGGGAUCAGCGAAAACUCAUCGACAUAAGGGAGGUGUACGUCUGCUUCCAUUUCGAAGAAAAGAAAACGAAAACGACAGAGCUACGACAGCAAAACGUCAGAUCCGGUUGUCGGAGAAACAGAAACGAAAAGAAAGACUGGUAAAUGCUGAAACUUUCGAACAAUGGCUCGAGAGAAAACGGAUGCAAGAAUGUCGGGAACGAUUAAUCAGCCAAUCAGAUGAGAGUUCCCACGAUGGCGACUCAGAUGGCGGGAAUUCAGCCGCCUAUGAUGAAUGGAUGAAAAAACGCGGGAACCACCAGCUUCACGCGCAACAUCAUAUGACGGUUCGGGAACUGUAUAAACUGAAAGAUCGGCCGGUACGGGGAAUUGUUACGGUUGGAGAAGCUCAAAUCGCUGAUACGAUCAAGACGCCCGAAUCGCCGGAUAAAAACAUGCGUUGCUACCAACAGUGGAAGGGGAAGAGAUCGGAACCGAAGAAACAUGUCGACCCGGAAUUGUUGAAAGCGAGAUUGGAACGUAAACGACAGCAACUUCUUGCCGCAGCUGUAACGUAUGAAGAUUGGUUGGAGACGGCAGAACAGAAGAAAUUGCUGAUGAAACAAAUUCUAAAAGCUGACAUGAAGGAACUGGAACGGAUCGAAGAAGAAAAUUUAAAGAAACGCUCCCCACGGCAGAUUUCUUUUGAUAAAUGGAACAGUGGCCUUUUAAAACGAGAAUUAACUGAAAAACAAAGGAAAGAAAGAGAAAAACGCGAAGUCGAGGUUUUGAAAGAAGAACAGUUGCGAAGUAGUCUUUGCGUCACACAUGACGUCUGGCUGGAACGCAAACGUCAAGCCACAAAAGUCAAGCAGAAGACGUCAAUGGGACCAACAUCUCCGAGAACCCAGGCGGAACGUGACAAAGCUUUUGCAUCUUGGGUGAGGCAGAAGCAACUUCACGAAGCAUCUGAAGUUGAUGUCAACCAAGGAAGAGCACUCUUGAACGAACUAAGGAAUAAACGACAAGAGUUAUCUGCACCUUCUUCGUGA